GUGUCAUUAGUUCGUUGACUGUUUUCAACCAAUCACAAAGACAUCGGUACCUUAUAUCUAUUAUUUGGUGCCUGAGCUGGAAUAGUCGGCACAGCCCUUAGUCUUCUAAUCCGAACAGAACUUAGUCAACCCGGAACUCUUCUUGGUGAUGAUCAGGUUUAUAAUGUUAUUGUUACAGCACAUGCUUUUGUUAUAAUUUUCUUUUUAGUAAUACCUGUUAUAAUUGGGGGCUUCGGAAACUGAUUAAUCCCCCUAAUAAUUGGUGCCCCUGAUAUGGCAUUUCCACGUAUAAAUAACAUAAGCUUCUGAUUAUUACCACCAUCUUUAUUAUUACUUCUUUCAUCUUCAGGCAUCGAAGCAGGCGCUGGUACUGGCUGAACUGUCUACCCACCAUUAGCUGGAAACAUAGCCCAUGCAGGAGCCUCAGUAGAUCUAACGAUCUUUUCACUUCAUUUAGCCGGAGUUUCCUCUAUUCUAGGUGCAAUUAACUUUAUUACUACCUGCAUUAAUAUAAAACCCCCCAACAUAACGCAAUAUCAAACGCCUCUGUUUGUAUGAUCUGUUCUAAUUACAGCAGUACUUCUUCUUCUUUCUCUUCCUGUUUUAGCUGCUGGCAUUACUAUACUGCUAACAGAUCGAAACUUAAAUACAUCCUUUUUUGACCCAGCUGGCGGAGGGGAUCCAAUUCUUUACCAACAUUUAUUUUGAUUCUUUGGCCACCCAGAAGUGUAUAUUCUUAUUCUCCCAGGUUUUGGUAUAAUUUCUCACAUUGUCACAUAUUAUGCAGGCAAAAAAGAACCCUUCGGUUAUAUGGGAAUAGUGUGGGCUAUAAUAUCAAUCGGCUUUUUAGGCUUUAUUGUAUGAGCCCAUCACAUAUUUACAGUGGGAAUAGAUGUUGACACUCGAGCUUACUUCACCUCAGCUACAAUAAUUAUUGCUAUCCCUACUGGGGUAAAAGUCUUUAGCUGACUUGCAACGCUCCAUGGUGGAACAAUUAAAUGAGACGCCGCCAUACUAUGAGCUUUAGGAUUUAUUUUUUUAUUUACAGUAGGAGGUCUCACAGGCAUUAUCCUAGCUAACUCCUCAUUAGAUAUUGUCCUUCAUGAUACUUACUACGUAGUUGCUCAUUUCCACUAUGUUCUAUCGAUAGGCGCUGUAUUUGCAAUUAUAGGCGGAUUUGUUCACUGAUUUCCCCUCUUUACGGGCUACACUUUACACUCUUCAUGAACAAAAGUUCAAUUUGGCGUAAUAUUUACUGGAGUUAACAUAACAUUUUUUCCACAACAUUUUCUUGGAUUAGCAGGCAUGCCUCGACGGUACUCUGACUACCCAGAUGCCUACACUCUUUGAAACACUAUUUCAUCAAUUGGCUCCCUGAUUUCCCUCACAGCUGUAAUUAUAAUAAUAUUUAUUAUUUGAGAAGCCCUAGCAGCUAAACGUGAAGUUCUUACUCUUGAAUUAAUAAACACAAACCUAGAGUGACUUCACGGCUGUCCUCCUCCAUAUCAUACAUACGAAGAAUCAACUUAUGUACAAACCUCAAGG